AUGUUCUUUGCCGAAUUAAUAAGAAAAACGGAGGAGGAGGAAAAUAAACAGGCUAUCCAAGGAACAAAUGACAUUGCAGCUGAUACAGUUGAAGGCAUUCCCAACCAGAACCUAAUAAUUGUCUUUUGCGGCCGGUGGAAAACCACAUGGAGCACUCCUCAACAAGCAACGUUUCAGCAGAUGGAAUCUGUCAGAAAGAAUUAUAAUCCUAUCGUUGGAGAUUAUUCGAGGAUGACAUAUACAUUUAAGGCAGGUACAUCCCCUACAGCACCUAGUGCCUCAAAUUCGGUGAAAGCUGAUCUUGGAUUCAUGGGCAAGGUCUUGUUUUACGGCCAGUUUUUGCGUCAUCGUCAGGCCUAUAGAUGUUCAGUGAACCUUGGAAUAAUGAGCCGAUGA